CAAACCGAGUUCCAGAUCUACUCCGAGUACUGCAACAACCACCCCAACGCCUGCUCGGAGCUGUCGCGCCUGGCCAAGCUCAGCAAGUACGUGUACUUCUUCGAGGCCUGCCGCCUGCUGCAGCGCAUGAUCGACAUCUCGCUGGACGGCUUCCUGCUCACGCCCGUGCAGAAGAUCUGCAAGUACCCCCUGCAGCUGGCAGAGCUGCUCAAGUACACCAACCCCCAGCACAGGGAUUUCAAAGAUGUUGAAGCUGCCUUAAACGCCAUGAAGAACGUUGCCCGGCUCAUCAACGAGAGGAAGCGGCGCCUGGAGAACAUCGACAAGAUUGCCCAGUGGCAGAGUUCAAUAGAAGACUGGGAGGGUGAAGAUGUCCUAGUCAGAAGCUCAGAGCUCAUCUACUCCGGGGAAUUAACCAAAAUCUCCCACCCUCAAGCCAAGAGCCAGCAGAGGAUGUUCUUCCUCUUCGAUCACCAGCUUGUCUGCUGCAAGAAGGACCUCCUGCGCAGGGACAUCUUGUACUACAAGAGCCGGAUCAACAUGGACGAGAUGGAAAUCCUGGAUGUGGAGGAUGGGAAGGACAAGGACUUCAACGUCAGCGUGAAGAACGCGUUCAGGCUGCGGGCCCGGGGCGCGGGGGAGGUGCACGUCUUCUGCGCCAGGAAGCCCGAGCAGAAGCAGCGCUGGCUGAAGGCCUUCGAGAACGAACGGAGACAGGUCCAGCUCGACCAGGAGACAGGCUUUUCAAUCACAGAGGUGCAGAAGAAGCAGGCCAUGCUGAAUGCCAGCAAGCAGCACCAUUCUGGGAAGCCCAAGG